AUGCACUUCUACGCUCUUAUUCCCGCUUUCAUCACCGCCGUCUCUGCUCACGGAGUGGUCGUCUCAGUCGAGGGUGCCAAUGGAGUCUCCAUGCCUGGUCUCAGCAUUGCCGAUGGAACUCCUCGUGAUUGCUCCAGCAACGGAUGUGGCUCCCAAGCCGACACCGCAAUCAUUCGUGACCGCGAGCUUGGAACUAGCGAAGCCAGCGCCUUGGGCAGGACCCAGGGCAAUGGACCCGUGGAUGCGUCUGUAAUGAUCGCCAACUUCCUUGGAACCAGUGGUGGCAACAGUGUUCCCACCAACAACGGCACCGACUCGGGUGUUGGUGUUGAGGAUGAUCUUUCUGGCCUCAACCGUGGUGGCCGCAACAACAACAGAAGGCAGAGACGUCAGCUAGGAAACCUCCUUGGUGGACUCUUCGGCGGUGGUCGUGGAGGUGGAAACGGCGAAAAGGCUGAUAAGCCUAACGAGUCCAGUAUCAACCAGGAUGGCGCUGGCCCAAUGAGAGCUGAUAUCGAUGCUACAUCUGGCGGCACUGACCCCGAUGCCUUCCAGUCUGCUGAAGUCACCAAUGACGUUCCUGGUGUUGGUUUCGGAGGACUCUCACUCGCCACCAACACCGACUUCCCCCUCACUGUCAAGAUGCCCCAAGGUAUGACCUGUGAGGGAACUGUCGGAGGAGCCAACAAUGUCUGCAUUGUUCGCGUGCGAAACAGUGCUGCUGCUGGACCCUUUGGUGGCUCGGGUGCCUUUACUCAAUCCGCAUCCGCUCGCAAGCGCGCCAUUGCUUUCCGCCUCAAGAAGCGCAUGCAGAUUGUCCGCAACUAG